UGUGGGGCUUCUAGAAUGUCUUCCUUGUAGGCAAAUGUCCUCUGCAGGUUGGCCCUCCAUUGGUUGAAACCACAGUCAGAUUCUCCUCACAAAUUAUCUGAUUGGAAAUCAGGGAGGGGAGAAAAAGAAAGAGCAACAAGUGCAAUGCUUUUUUUUUUACGCUGGUUUGCAUUCGGGACUCGUUGGAAAAGAUUUUUUUUUUUUUUGCGACCUAAGAAAAAGGACAAGGAGUUAAUUGUUUUUUUUUUAAUUCAAACUUUCUACUUUUAAAGAGUUUCAACAUGCCUCGAUCCUUCCUGGUGAAGAACAAGAGAAGUGUGUCCUUUAAUGUGCAUAGAUCGUAUGAAGACGACAAAGGAUCUGAAGGCAUCUUUCCAGCCUCUUCUUCAGACAGGCCUCAGACCGAAGGCCGGCAAUCUCCAACAGACCCCCAGCCUUUAGAAAAACAGGAGCUGGAAUGUCCCUUAUCUGUGCACCCGGAGCCCACCGGACCCCCCGUGGCUCCCUCACAGCCGUACUAUUUAACAGAGCCUAAGGUGGGAGAAUUCAGUCCUUACUAUAAACCGGCGUAUUCCUGGGAGCAGGUUCCGACUUCCUACCAGUUGGGUUUCAGCCCGGCGGUGCUGCAGCACGCCACCAGUUUGUACAACACCCACGUCAGCCGGAGCCCGCAGCACCAGCAGCCUCUGGACUGCAGCACACACUACUCCCCCAGAUCCGACACCUACCACUGCAUCACCUGUGACAAGGUGUUCUCAACGUCUCACGGCCUGGAGGUCCACGUCAGGAGGUCCCACAGUGGGAUGAGACCUUUUGGCUGCAACAUCUGCAGAAAAACCUUUGGCCAUGCCGUCAGUCUGGAGCAGCAUAUGAACGUCCACUACCAGGAGAAAAGUUUUGAGUGCAAGAUGUGUGGUAAAUCCUUCAAGCGCUCCUCCACGCUCUCCACGCACCUCCUCAUCCACUCCGACACCAGGCCAUACCCUUGCCAGUUCUGUGGCAAGAGGUUCCACCAGAAGUCCGACAUGAAGAAGCACACCUACAUCCACACCGGUGAGAAACCCCACAAGUGUCAAGUGUGUGGCAAAGCCUUCAGCCAGAGCUCCAACCUGAUCACCCACAGCAGGAAACACACCGGCUUCAAACCCUUCGGAUGUGACGUCUGCUCCAAAGGCUUCCAGCGCAAAGUGGACCUCCGCAGGCACCAGGAGAGCCAACAUGUCCUGAAGUGACGCCUUUCUGAUGUACAGUCCUGGUCAAAAGUGUACGUACACGUGUAAAGAACAUCAUGUCAUGGCUGUCUGGAGUUUACAAUCAUUUCUAUUUUUUUGUGAUGUAGUGAUGGGAGCACAUACUUGUUGGUCACUAAAAACAUUCAUGAAGUUUGCUUCUUUUAUGAAUUUAUUAUGGCUCUACUGAAAAUGUGACGAGGUCAAAAGUACAAAUUAUUUUUUGCAAAUAAUCAUUAACUUAGAACUUCAUGGCUGCAACACGUGCCAAAGUAGUUGGGAAAGGGGCAUGUUCACCACUGUGUUACAUGGCCUUUCCUUUUAACAACACUCAGUAAAGGUUUGGGAACUGAGGAGACACAUUUUUGAAGCUUCUCAGGUGGAAUUCUUUCCCAUUCUUGCUUGAUGUACAGCUUAAGUUGUUCAACAGUCCGGGGGUCUCCCUGGUGCUAUUUUAGGCUUCACACAUUUUCAAUGGGAGACAGGUCUGGACUACAGGCAGGCCAGUCUAGUACCCGCACUCUUUUACUAUGAAGCCACGUUGAUGUAACACGUGGCUUGGCAUUGUCUUGCUGAAAUAAGCAGGGGCGUCCAUGGCAACGUUGCUUGGAUGGCAACAUAUGUACCUGUAUGUACCUUUCAGCAUCAAUGGUGCCUUCACAGAUGUGUAAGUUACCCAUGUCUUGGGCACUAAUACACCCCCAUACCAUCACACAUGCUGCCUUUUACACUUUGCGCCUAGAACAAUCCGGAUGGUUCUUUUCCUCUUUGGUCCUGGAGGACGCGACGUCCACAGUUUCCAAAAACAAUUUGAAAUGUGGACUCGUCGGACCACAGAACGCUUUUCCACUUUGCAUCAGUCCAUCUUAGAUGAGCUCGGGCCCAGCGAAGCCGACGGCGUUUCUGGGUGUUGUUGAUAAACGGUUUUCGCCUUGCAUAGGAGAGUUUUAACUUGCACUUACAGAUGUAGCGACCAACUGUAGUUACCGACAGUGGGUUUCUGAAGUGUUCCUGAGCCCAUGUGGUGAUAUCCUUUACACACUGAUGUGGCUUGUUGAUGCAGUACAGCCUGAGGGAUGGAAGGUCACGGGCUUAGCUGCUUACGUGCAGUGAUUUCUCCACAUUCUCUGAACCCUUUGAUGAUAUUACGGAGUGUAGAUGGUGAAAUCCCUAAAUUCCUUGCAAUAGCUGGUUGAGAAAGGUUUUUCUUAAACUGUUCAACAAUUUGCUCAGGCAUUUGUGGACAAAGUGGUGACCCUCGCCCCGUCCUUGUUUGUGAAUGACUGAGCAUUUCAUGGAAUCUACUUUUAUACCCAAUCAUGG